AUGUCGACAGGAUAUUUGAAGCCGGAAUAUCCAGACCCGGCACUGAGGAGAAAGCCGGUGUCCAACCCCAACUUACGGGCUACGGCGUAUGCCGAUCAUCGGGGAUUGACAGCUGCUGCCAGUACCCCAACUCUGGUACCCCUUCAGCCCCCGUCUUAUACCGACCUAUAUGGCCCACCCCCGAGAACUCCAAGGACCCCAAGUCCAGGCUUGCCACCAAGACCUCGGACGGCUGGAUCAACAACAUCUCCAGCUCCUCAAGGCCCAACAUCAGUGCAGAAGGCAUACACCGAAGCUCGGCAUUUCCUCGGUGGCCUGAUCAAUCAUCCUACAGAAUCAAACAAGCAUGUCACUAUUUUACGACAUUCCCAUGGCUUGGUGUUCUAUCGCGGAAACACAACAUCGGUUGCGAUUUCAAUUUUCUCCGAUGCACCUCUUCCACCCGACCGUACAUUGUGGUUACAAAAUAGGGGUUGGUCGGGCAACACGGGUAUGCAGGUCAAGUCGUUCCUUCGUCUAAGAGACAGCUGGCUGGAUGUGACGCCCGGGAUGCCGUUAAGGGCAGACCAAGUGGCUCCAAAUGAUGAGCGAGCCUGGCAACGCGACAUUAAGAAGUUUCGGAAAAAGGCAACCACUCGUCCACGCAAUAAACAUGAGCUGCGGGAAACUUCUGUGGUACGCAUACCUUCCGAAGCAGGUGAUGGCUAUUUCCAGCUGGUUCUCUGCCAGGGACCGAAGAAAAAGGUGCUCGGCAACAGCCCUGUGUUCCGUGUGCUGUCAACAUCCACUGCCCCGAGUUCUAUCCGCGGCGCUAGCUUGAGCACUCUACCGGUAGAGGUUGGGGCCAUGGUUUUGAGUGUCUAUGCCCAAACCGCAGCCCGCACCGCAGCUGCCCCUGCCGCUGUAGCCAUACAAGCCAGAGUAGAUCGCUUGGCCCCUUCCAGGGUGACAAAAGCUGUGGCUCAAAAAGUAUACACGACAAGUGGAGCCCAAAGCAGAGUUGGUGGCAUAAUUAACGGGCCUCAUGGACCUAUUGGCCAAUUCCAGCCAAAUCCAACAAGCCCAGAGCUCAUGAGAAACGAACCGGUUUCCAUCGAUGUUGGGCCUCAGCCACCAUAUCCAAUGUCGUUCAAAGCUCGUUGUCUACCUACUCAGUCACUAUCUCUGGACAGAGUGGAAGAACCGUCAAAAUUCAAUCUGACAAAAAUCCCCGAAUGGAUCACAGACCAACUGAGAGGUUAUUAUUUUGGCUGGGCUCGUUAUGAUAUUGCACUAAACAAUGGAUCCUCAGUGAGUGCGUGGCGCCCGGCCAUCUUGUCUGUAAGAGCGAUGGAUCCUCUUCAGGCCGCUAGAGUGAAUCUGGCACAGAUUGCCAAACGCACGGUCGCGCUUCGCCUCCUCCACACCGGUCCUCCACAAGCCGAGAGAAUUGAGGUUCGAAUUUUGGGGUACCUCCGAGCCGAAAUUCCUCCACCGACCGGAAAUACGAGUAAACAACUAGCCGAGGCGCAGGCUACCGCUUUGGAGGCGGCCAUGCUUGCCGAUGUGUACGAUACAUCCGUUGUGCAAGACACUCUCGCCCACCCGGCGUGGGCUGCGGAACAUCAUACCUUGGAACUUCAACAGAAUACGAACUGGAUUGACCGCACCCAAGAGGGAUUUGCCAAUAUUAUUACACGUGGGCAGAAGUUGGUCGAGCAGGUUCCACUGCACAAAAUUGGAGUUCGAUCCGUCACCGAUGAAAUCAGAGAGAGUCAGAUCGCUGUAAAUGGGUAUUUCAUUGUCCGGUGA